CCGCCGCGCCUCCUGAAAACCAAGACCCCGGCGGCGUACGCAGUGAGCAGAGGCUUCAACUAGAGGGAUCGCGAGGCAGUUAAAUCCGAGACGAAUCGUCCUAUCCCGCACUGCGAUGAGCACCCCUGUCGUGCCCUCGGAUUUGCAGCUUCACCUGAGUCAGAGGACCCAUCCCGGGUUCAGAGAACAAAGAAAACAAAAACUCAAGGAACAUCUGCUCAAAAGAAAAACUUUUUCUGCAUACAAACAAGAAAAUCAAAUAUCCAGUAGCAGAGACCAAAGAGUGAUGACAUUGGAGGGUCAGGUCCAAGAAGAAACAAAAGUUCUGAAACUUAAGACAAAAAUGGCUGAUAAAGAAAAUGUCAAUAGACCUACAAGAAGCAAAAAUAAUAUAACAGUGGACAAAAUUUGUAUUCCUUUAAAACCUUCUAAUGAAUUAACCAAUUCAGAUAUAACAAUUGAUACACAUAAUCUGGAGAAUAAUAAUCAAACUCUGCAGUUGUUACCAAUUAAAGACGAGCCCCAAAGUCAACGUAUUACAUUAAGCCAAGCAUUUCACAUUAAAAACAACAAUAAAAAGAAACCAAUGACUACAGAAAAACCGAAGCAAGAUGCUAACACGCUCAAGAAACCCGUGCUUGGAUCUUAUCGUGGCCAGAUCGUUCAGUCUAAGGUUAAUUCAUUUAGAAAACCUGUACAAGUCAAAGAUGAAAGCUCUGCACCAACAAAGAAACUUUCUACCACUAUCUCUAAAGCCACAAAGCCUCAGCCUGUAAUCACCCACAGUGUGACGGUGAAAAGUGACAAAGCCUCAGAUAUGAGGACCACCACUAAAGGUGUGAACACUGUACCUCAGAACAGACAACUUUUGCGUCCUCCCAUUAGAAGUCACCACACUAAUACCCAGGACUCUGUGAAACAAGACGUCGGUAGAACCUCUGCCAAUGUUACAAUUCGGAAAGGGCCUCAUGAGAAAAAAUUACUGCAAUUAAAUCCAGUUUUAUCUAGUGUCAAAACCAGUUCUCAGGAAGUAAAAAGAAGUAAGACACUAUCAAGAAGCAUCACAUCUGCAAUUAUAGCCAGGCCUGCUUCAUCUGCUAAUACUAAACUGAUAGAAAAGGCAAAAACUGUUGACCAGCGCAGACAUACUAUAGCAAAGGCAACUAUCAAUUUUAAGUCGGCUCAGCCCAAAGAAACCGCAGAAGAGAGAAAAGCUCGUCUGAAUGAGUGGAGAGCUGGCAAAGGAAGAGUGCUGAAAAGGCCUCCUAGCUCAGUAGUUACCCAGCCUGAACCUGAAGGACAAAAUGAAAAACCAGUUGGGUCCUUUUGGACUACCAUGGCAGAAGAAGAUGAACAAAGAUUAUUUACCGAAAGAGUGAACAAAACGUUUUCUGAAUGCCUUCACCUGAUUGAUGAGGGAUGCCCAAAGGAAGAAAUAUUGGACACACUGAACGACCUGAUUAAAAAUAUUCCAGAUGCCAAAAAACUUGUUAAAUACUGGAUAUGCCUGGCACGUAUUGAACCACUCACAAGUCCUAUUGAAAAUAUUAUUGCAAUCUAUGAGAAGGCCAUUCUGGCAGGAGCUCAGCCUAUUGAAGAGAUGCGACAUGCAAUUGUAGAUAUUCUAACAAUGAAGAGUCAAGAAAAAGUUAAAUUUGGACAAAAUUUUGAGGAGGCUUGUGCAACCAAGGAACCAAUCCAAGAAGUCAACUUUGAUGAUAUUGGUGGUAGUAAUCUAGAAUCAGGAAACCCGGAAAUAGAAAAUGUGAUAUUUCAAGAUCGUGAAAUAGAGCAAGAUGACAAAACAAAACAUCCAACCACUGAUGUUAAAACCCCUAGUGCAGAAACUAGGGAGAGUUGCUUAAUUAAAUAUAAUGUGUCUACUACACCAUACUUGCAAAGUGUAAAAAAGAAGAUUCAGUUUGAUGAAAUGAAUUCUAUGUUUAAAGAGCUGAAGUUUCUAACACCAGUUAGACGUUCUCGACGUCUUCAAGACAAGAAUUCUAAAUUGCCAGAUAUGUUAAAAGACCAUUAUCCUUGCGUGUCUUCAUUGGAACAGUUAACAGAGUUGGGAGAUGAAACUGAUGCUUUUAUAUGCCGCCCUAAUGAAGCACUGUGCCGGAUGUAUACAGAGACUGAAACAACAGAAGAAACGUAAAGCUAUGCUAAGGAAUGAGGAUUUUAUUCCUGGGGUGUUUUGUUUGUUGUGGCUUUGUACGUCUUAGGUCAGGAGUUGGCCAGGUACCCAAGUAUUCAUUGCAGUAAGCUCUUUUACUAACAUAGACAUUAUAGUAGGUGUUGCCUUCUGUGCGUCGGAAAGCUAAAUCCUACAUUAUCUCUGCAAAGAUUUUUCUCUAAGAUAGGUAAAUUUUGUCAACUAGUUUACUAUGUUCCUUGAAUAUGAUUAGUAAAUGUCAUUCAUGUUUCAUUGGUAUUCCUAAAAUAACUAACACUUAAUCUUGUUUUGUAAUAUAAAAACUUCACUAUUAAAUCAUGUCUCUUGAAACAUGAUAGUUAAAUAUUGUAAACAGUUCUCUUCUCCCCACACACAUAAGUACCACCAAUAAAAUUGUUUUUUAUGUCUUUGAACUGA